AUGGACGCCAUAGGCAACUACGAUAGCGACGACGAGCCUGUGUUAGGUUCUGAGUCGUCUUUUGGUCGAAGUGGACAGGCCACCGGAUUAGACUCUCAGUCUAGUGGUGAAGGGACCACUUCCGUUAUGUAUAUUUAUAAAGAAGAUGGCCCCUCGCAAUCGGUUGUGAGCUAUGCUGAUGUUGAGACUAUGGACACAGCUGUGUUGGAGCCUAGUUUAAGUUCUCGUAUCCAUUCUUCAUAUCACCUUUCCAGGGUUAAUAAACCUCAAGAUGUGGAUAAUCAGGCCUCUACAACUAAAAGUAGUGGAAUCACGGCUCUAUCGGUUCUAGACGAAGGUUCUACAGGUGUAUUAUCGGUUCAAAUCGGCACCCGUCACAAUUCUAGUGGAUUAUUGUGCGUUAGUGGAAGUGAUGUUGAUUUGGUUUCUGGUGAAUCUUUAGAUGUUAAGAACGAUCGGGAAUUGGCUACAUUAGAGGCUGCCACCAGUGCACGUAUGAAAUUAUGUCUGCGUGAGCAUACUCGUGCUUCUGAAUACAUGGAGAUGGCGAACUACCCUGUAGACCAUCCUAUGCGUCGUUCUAUGCCUGUGUUGAACAAGGAAGAGCUUGCUUCUUACGUUAGGAAGUCAAUAAUGAACGGUGAAUCAGGUAGCGGUUUAUUUGUAACUCCCUGUGGUAUGACCGAGAAAACCUAUGUCGACGAGGCUAGUUUCGAUGAUCAGCUACGUCAUGGUGACCAUAUGGUUGCCCAAGCACAUCUUGGUGCGAAUGACUUUAAACGUCGUCGUCGUUUGAGUGAAUCCGAGGUUGAUGGUGCAGGUGUGUUUGGUCCUUGGGUACCUUAUGAAGAAUUUGCUCAACCUGCUGCAGAUGUUGUGGUAUCUGAUCCGGAGGCUGAGCCUGAUCGUCCGAAGUUGCCAACAUUUGAUGCUAAUACACGCAAGAUGCCUCAUGCUGGGUUGGCAUUUCCUAGUUGCGCUCCUGAUGUGGCCUUACCAUUGAACGAGGUGGUUGUUGAGGAUGGUAAGCAGGAUACCCGUUACGACGGUGUGGUGGUCUCAACGUUUCAUCGGAAGGUUGACCCUAAUUCACCUCCAUCGCGGUCAUGGUUAUUGCCUCCUAAGAAUUUGAAAUCAUUUGACCCGGAACAUUAUAAAGCCUGUCUUCCAAAGCAUGAAAUCCAUACUUAUACGGGUCACACCAUGGCGGUACAGGCGAUUCGUUAUAUACCUCGUACUGGUCAUUGUCUUCUUUCAGCGUCUAUGGAUGGUUUUGUAAAGAUUUGGGAUGCUAAUAACAAUCGUCGUUGUCAUCGAACCUACAAAGGUCACUGCAAGGGUGUUCGUGACAUUUCUUUUGCGAAUGUUGAUGGUAGCAAGUUUUACAGUUGUGGUUUUGAUUCUACAGUUAUCCAAUGGGAUACUGAAUACGGUAAGGUGAUUGGUGUCUACGGUAUGGACUCAACUCCAUUUUGUGUUACGGUUUAUCCUUUAGAUGAGGGUAUAUUUAUCGUCGGUGGUGCUAACAAGAAGGCUACUCAGUUUGACGCCCGCAGUGGCAAGGUAUCUCUUGAGUAUAGCGCACAUCAAUCUAAUGUGAACACUGUUACAUUUUUUGACGAUAGUCGUAAGCUGGUGACUACCGGUGAUGACCGUCGUAUGGCUGUUUGGGAAUACAAUAUCCCAGUUGCUGUUAAGCAGUUAUCUGAUCCUUCUAUGCACAGCAUGCCUGCUGUGGUGGCUCAUCCUAGUGAGAAGUUUAUUUUGGGUCAGGCUAUGAGUAACCAGAUAUUAGUUUACGAAUCUUCCGGUACUCGUUUCCGUUAUUUUGGAGGGAAACGUUUUAAGGGUCAUUUGUGUAGUGGUUAUUCAAUUCGUCCUGCGUGUUCACCGGAUGGUCGUUACGUUGUUAGUGGCGAUGCUCGUGGUCGUGUUUUUCUUUGGGAUUGGAAGACUUGUCGUAACCUUGCUACCCUUUCGGGUCACAAGUCUGUGACAAUGGAUUGUCAAUGGCAUCCUUUACAGCCAUCUCGUUUAGCUACAUGUUCUUGGGAUGGUACUAUAAAGCUUUGGGAUUGA